UUGCUGAGAAGAAACUGCGAAUGGCUGCUACAAUGUUAUGACAUUAUAUAAAAUGGCAAUAAAGGAACCCCCGGAGGAGCCUGAACCUGAUGAGGUAGAGGAUGGAGCAGGGGAGGCAGAUGAGGUGAACUGGAAAAUUUUGUGGCAGACGAACUGCCCUCCUAAGAUACGAAUCUUUCUUUGCCGAAUCAUGCAUAACAUCCUUCCUACUAAUGUGAACUUGGCAAAAAAAAUGGAGGAUAGGUUGGUCAAGGACUGUCCUUACUGUGGAAUGGAGGAAACUAUCCACCAUAGGUUUCUGGAAUGUCAAUGGUCGCUUCGUAUGUGGCAGAGUUCUCUUUGGUGUGAUCGAUAUAAUUAUGCAGAUGGGGAAUCCAUGGAGAAGUGGCUAAAUCAUGUCAUUACCACAGCAAACCCAGAUACGGCUGGAGGGAUAAGCUCCUUACUGUGGCUGCUAUGGAAUGAGCGAAACAACCGCCAGCUUAAUGGAGAGAGGUUGGAUGAAGCAGUGAUCGCCCAAAAGGCAUAGAAUUUCUUUAUGGAGUACAAGCUUGAACAAGAGAAAGUGCAGGGGGGAAGGGAACGAAUAAGACAAAAUCGCUGAUGGCAACCACCAGGCAUGGGUUUACUGAAGGUUAACACUGAUGUUGGUUGUUUGGGGGAAGCAGGGACAGGGAUAGGAAUGAUUGUCCGUGACUGGGAAGGGCAGGUCUCCUUUGUUGCGGCCAUGCGCGAAAAUGAAAAAUGGUCUCCACAAGUUGCGGAAGGCAGGGCAGUUCUGUUUGCUGUAGCGAAAAUGAAGGAGUCGAGAUUAC